AUGAGUUCUUAUUUUGUCAACUCUACUUUUCCGGUGAGCUUAGCCGGAGGUCAAGAACCAUUUCUGGGACAGCUCCCUUUAUAUUCCACGGGCUACGCGGAUCCUUUAAGACACUAUCCCAGCACGUAUGGAACUGGGGGCGGUGGGGUCCAGGAGAAAGGUUACGCGGGCGCGCCUUACUACCAGCAAACCAACGGAGCUUACAACCGGAGUCCAGCCUGCGAUUACGGGACAUCUGGUUUUUACAGGGAGAAAGAGACCGGCUGUUCUCUUUCGAGCCUAGAGGAGCCUGUUCAGUUCGGCCAGGAACAAGCCCGGAAGUCAGAAUGCUCACAGAGCAAGCACGUUUUCGGGGACAACGAGGAUCAAAAGUGCUCCACGCCAGUGUACCCUUGGAUGCAGAGAAUGAAUUCCUGCAAUAGUACCUCCUUUGGGCCGAGUGGCAGACGAGGCCGGCAGACUUAUACGCGCUACCAGACUCUGGAGCUGGAGAAAGAAUUCCAUUUUAACCGUUACCUGACCAGGCGCCGACGCAUCGAGAUCGCUCACGCCCUGUGUCUGACGGAGCGCCAGAUAAAAAUCUGGUUUCAGAACCGAAGGAUGAAAUGGAAAAAGGAGAACAAGCUCCUAAACUCCACUCAGCUGAGCGCCGAAGAAGAGGAGGAGAAACCAACGGAAUGA